UCUCUCCCUCCCUAGUCAAGGGGCAGGAGCAGCAGGCCACCAGCAGCAUCCUGUGCCGGUCUGAGGAACCGCCCCUGUCCGUGGCUGAGGCCCGCACGAUGCUGACCCUCAAGGCAGGCGCAGUGCAGAAGGUGGUAGACUGCCUGCAACCAUCUUUCCACGGCAGAUCCAUCUCCGUCACCACCUUCCCGUGUGUGUACCAGGCCUUCUACCCGACCCCAGAGGUCCUGGACUAGCUGCUCCAGAGUGCCCUCUCUCCCAUCUGGGGCCCCUGGCCUCAGGAGAACUCCCAGGAUAUGUGGCAGAUGCUGCGCCACUCCAGGAUCAAUCUGACGUUGGCGUAUCUACAGGACCUCUUGCCUGGCUCAGUCCUCAAGCACCAGGCCACCCCUCUUCUCAUCCAGGUGGAACUUUUCCAGGCCACUGAGUUGGAGACAGAGGCUCCUGCCCCAGCUCCAGCACUUCUGCCAGGUGCAGAGGCAGAAAAGGGGCCACAUCUGGAGCUGGAUGGAACUCCAGUUCUAUUUCUGCCAUCACUUCUAGCGCUGGAGCCAGCAGCACCGCCAUCAGCUGCUCCAGACCCUGAGCGAGUGCCAUCAGCAGCCCCAGCCCAACUGCCAGGUCCUGAACUGGACUCAACGGGACCAAGGGGUCUGCUGGGAUUUCCACCUCAGGCUCCAGUAACAGCCGCAGAAUCAGCUCCGGUUCCAGAGGCUUCCCACCCCUGUCGAGUGACCGGGAAGAAGCAGCCCUAUGGGAAGCCUAGCCUCAUGGCCUUCUCCCCAAGGGAGGUGGCAGAACAGCUGACGGCCAUUGACGCGGAAGUGUUCAAGAACGUCGAGCCCUCUGAGUGUCUGGACUCCACCUGGGGCAAAAGAAACCGGCCCGGACAUGAGAACGUGGCACCCACCGUCUGGGCCACAGUGGUGCAGUUCAACAGAGUAGUAAAGUGUGUUAUGACGUCCUGCCUUGGGGACCCAAACGUGACGGCCCGGGGCAGGGCCAAGGUUCUGGAGCGGUGGAUCGAGGUGGCCAGGGAGUGCCAAGCCUUGAGGAACAUCUCCUCCCUUCAUGCCAUACUCUCGGCUCUGCAGAACGUGCCCAUACACAGACUGAAGAAGACCUGGGGGAAAGUGUCCAGGAAGAGCUGCCGAAAAUUUAAAAAGCUCUGUGAUGAGGACAACUCCCUGAGCUGGGAGCUGCUCAUCAAGUCUUCCCUGGAUAAACAGGAAGAUGGGAAGCAGCCCUCCAAAUUUGCCACCCUGCUGAGGACCAUCCAGAGAGGCCGGAAGAGGCAGCAGCAGAAGGGCAAUGAGAUCAACCACGAGAAAAAGAAAAAGGAGGACAAAGUGAUGAUGGAGAUCGUGCAGCUCCAGGAGGCUGCAGAGAAUUACAACCUAGAGCCCCAGGAGCAAUUCAGGGCCUGGUUCUGGGACAUGGAGCAGCUCAGUGAGGACGAGAGCUACAGCCUGUCCUGCCAGCUGGAGCCCCGGUGCUAGUUGGCCAGCAAAUCUCUCCAGGCCCAGAGAGCAUGGCCAUCAUGAAGCUGAGGAGGGAGUGAGUGUCCCGUUGUCGUAUGACCUCUUCCUUAGCAGCAGGGACCCAGCUGGGGCACUCAGGGUGCAAGGGCCCCACCGCCUGCCACCCCUUCCUGAGGCCAAUUUCCAUCUCUGUAGGGGUGAGAAUCACUGCUUGUAAAUAGUUCAUGCCAGAUUUGCAGACUGUUGUAUUAAAGUCCUGUUUCUCUUAGA